UGUGGAUCAAAACUUAUUAUUGAAAAUAACGGAAAAAUUGUGCAUGCACCAAAUGGUUGUGAUCACCAAAAUGUUAGAGCCAAAAUAGUAUUAGAAAGUAAUGAUAUUUUUGAAUGGGAUGUCAUUAUUGAGAAAGUUAGUGGUUGUGCUUGGGUUGGAGUAUGUGCGUCAGAAAAUUUAAAUUAUGAAACCUUUGCAGGAAUUCAACCUACUGGAUGGGUAUUGGGUUCCAAUGGUUAUUGUAAUAAUUUUAGUAAAGCAGUAAAGUACUGUCUUCCAUUUGGUGAUGGCACAAUAAUUACAGUCCAUUUGGAUAUGAAUAAAAGAACUUGCACUUUUACAAUCAAUGGUACAAAAUAUCCAGAAGUAUCAGCUUGGAAUAAUCUACCAUCAAAACUUUAUCCAGUAGUAUCAUUAAAUUAUCCUGGUCGUUUUCGAAUUCAACCUCAUCAAAAAAAUUAG